UACUGUCGUGUUUGGAUGUGCUCUAUCAUACAAAAACAAACAAAUGUCUUGAAUUGUUCAGAUGAAUUUCUUAUGCGCAUCUAACUGCAGCACAUCUAGAGAUAGCUUUAUUUUAAUUUCAAAUAAAUGACGUUCCCGAUUAAUGAAGACUUAUCUUUUACUGAUGAAGACUCAUUCCAUAGUGCUGAUUUAACCUCAUUAACUUCUCGUGUCCCUAGAGAAUUACAAGAUCUUGAAAAUUUGGAUGAAUUAAUUAUACACAAAACAGAAGGUUUUUGUAAAUUAAUUAAUAAAUUUGAAAUAAUGGACAACCAAAAUAUAAUAUACUUAGUUGUUGAAGAUUAUGGGUCUAGAUGUUCUACCUGUAUUUCAAAAGUUUGUUGUAGACAAGAAUUUCGGUAUCAGCUAAAAAUUUCAGAUGCCGCAGGUAACGAAGUUAUUCGAUUUCUACACCCAGCAACCCAAAGGUGCCAAUGCUGUAAUGAUCUUCAACGAAUGGAAGUGUUUUCACCUCCGGGGAAUUUGAUAGGAAGCAUUCAACAAGAAUACAAUGACUACGAUUUUAUUCUAGCUCUCUGUGGUCCACGAGAAAAUGUUAUGUUGGUACUAAGAGGUUGUCAACGUAUGUUUCGUUGCAAGAAGUUUCAAAUAACGUUACCUGAUUUGCUAACGAAAGUUGGAAAAAUUGUGGAUGUAACAAGAUGGGGUUUUACCACCGGUUAUAAGGUUACCUUUGACAAAGACCUUGGUGUAAAGCGAAAAGCUAUCAUAUUGGGAGCCUGUUUUUUAAUUGACGCCAUGUUUUGCAAAUGAAAACCAACGUACUAAUACAUACAGAAUGUAAAAUUCGUCAUAUGAAAAUAUAAGUUAUUUUGUAAA